UCAAAUCUCGUUUGACUACGAUAUUUCACGAAUAUUUACGUGAAAGACACGACGUCGAAAACAUGGCGAGCUUAGACGACACGGAAGAUGUUGCCUUGGAUUUUGGAUCAGAAGAUGAUUGGAGAAGGAAGCGAGCAAUACGGUAUCCCGCAGCGGCCUUUUUUCAUCUCUUCUUCAGAGUGGGGGCACUAGUCUCCUAUCUCUUCUGCAACUUCUACAGUUCCAGCUUUAUCGUUGAUUUCGUUGUCAUCCUCUUUUUUGUCUCACUGGAUUUCUGGACGGUCAAGAACGUGACGGGUCGGUUGCUUGUCGGGCUGCGCUGGUGGAACCACAUUGAUGAAGACGGAACAAGUCAUUGGGUGUACGAGUCCAGAAAGGGAUCCAAGAAGAACACAGAGACAGCCACAGAGUCCCGGUUAUUCUGGCUUGGUUUGGUCAUCUGCCCAAUUCUGUGGGUUAUCUUUGUCUUCGCUAAUCUUUUCUCCUUCAGAUUUGCAUGGAUGGUUGUAUCGCUAGUUGCCCUGGUGCUGAGUGUUGCCAAUCUCUUUGGUUACGUCCGAUGUAAAGUCAGUUCGAGGAAACAGCUGUCGACGAUGGCCACGCAGUUCCUGGGCCAACAGAUGAUGAGUAGGGCCAUGGCCAGUGCAACUGCAACAGGCACAGGUACAACACAGGGAUGAUGGAAGAGUCGGCAAGUAACUAAAGCUUAUGUGCUUGUAGUUGUACAUAUCUUGUCUAUUUAUAAUUUCUAUAUUAACAUGCCAUUUAGUAUGCGGAGGUUUUUUGUUGUAGGGUUUUUGCUAUAAAGCUAUCAAGGUCAUAUUCUAAAAAGAAUGAACUCAUUUGCCUGGGUGCAAGCUUAUUUACUGGUAUGUGGGUAAAGGGUUGCUUUAGAAUCAGUACUGUUGAGGCUCAGCCACUAUUACUGUACAUGGGUGGUUUAUGGCCUGGCUUUCUUCAUGUGCCAUAGUGUUACCCCAACGUUUGGAUUUUAGAGGAUUCAAGAAGAUUCCAGGUGAAAUGCCUUUGGGGCUGAAGGUGAUGGAAAAGUGUGGCUAAUUUAUUGGGGAAGAUAUUGUAUGCAGAACGUAAAUGUAAUUUCAAGUUAAAAGGGCUCUAGUGGGCUAUUAUUGUUUUCUUCAAAUACUGUAAAUAUUAAUAAAGUUAUUUUUCAAAGAGGGCCCUUUUUGAAUUUUUGCAAGGGGCACAGAAUUGUAAUGUUCCCCUCCAUAUGCAGCUCAAAUCAUGUGCAAAUAUUGAAACGGCUUAUAAGUUGAGAACUUUGAACUUCUGUGUCAUGUUGAAAGUUGGAACUGUUUUCGUCUAAUUGUAAUACAUGAACACUGAUGUCACCAAAAGAUUAAAAUGCUGCUUUUUGUUUUGUUUUCUUACAAUAUUAAAAACAUUUAGUUUUGGUGGAAAUUUGAGAAAAUGUAAAAAACAAAAUUGCUCUUUUUAUGAUUCACAUUUUUGAAGUAUGGGGGAUAUUAAAAUUAUACAUAUUGAACACUUGAAGGCGACUGAACAUUUUUGUGAACAAAUAUUUUUGUGACAAAUGGAAGAAGAAUUUAGGCCAAAGUUAAUGAUUGGUGAUUGAUGUCAUAUAUUUCUAUCUAGACAGAAAAAUGUUUGGAAAAUGUAUUCUGCUUAAAAUUUCGUCUUGGUUUUUUACUUCAAAUUUGCAUAUUUUUGUUUUUCUUUUACAUUCCAUAUCAAUUCUUGUAUGUAGCUCAAAUCUACUUUCUUUGUACAUUUUGCUUUUAUGUUGUAAAAACUCCCUUUAUGAAAUAUAUCCUAUUGAAGAAAGGUAAUUCCGUGGAAUUUUGUGCUUUUCUUUGCCGAUAUCUGGUUGAUUAGAAAAUAAAAUGGGUGCAGAGUUAGGAGUCCAAA